AAGAGUUAAUAGAUAUUCAAAACCACAUUAAUUCAAUAAAUCUCCCAAAUGUUAACAUAUACGAAACUAUUAAUUCUUUGGACAAAGAAGAGUUAAUAAAAGUUCAAAACCACAUUAAUUCAAUAAAUCUUCCAAAUAUUAACAUAUAUGAAACUAUUAAUUCUUUGGACAAAGAAGAGUUAAUAAAAGUUCAAAACCACAUUAAUUCAUUAAAUCUCCCAAACGUUAAUAUCUAUAAAAUUAUUGAUUCUUUGGACCAAGAAGAAUCAAUAAAAAUACAAAACUACAUUGAUUCGAUUCAUCCUAAAAUAGAGAAUUUAAUUAAUAUGAUGGUAUAUUCUAAAGGUAAAUUAAAAGGCGAAAUAUUGUUUUCUUACUUACAAAAUAAAGCAAAUGAAUUCGUAACUAGUGGUCUUUUUAAACAUUCUUCAUCUGUUUGUGCUUUGCAAGAUAAAAUAAACAGAUUAAAAACUGAAAAUAAAAAACCAAGUGAAAAUAUAUUUCAAGGAUUCAAUCUAUUGCUCAAAAAUCAAAAAAAAUUACAAAAAGUCAAUUUCAAAAGGCCGCAAAAAAAAAUAAUAAAGCAAAAUAAUCAUAAAUAUACAGCCAAAUUUGUCAAGCUUGUCACUAAUAUGAAUAAUGCCGGGUCAAUUUCACUUUCAGCAACAGUUGAGUGUACUAAAGCAAUGGUAGCUUUUUUUAUUGGAGAAACACCAAAAUGUUGGCUCUCAACUGGAACUCUUUCUCGUUGGAAUAAGGAAGUUGCUAAAAUAUCACUUCAACAAAAUUGA